GUCAAAAAAUAUCCUAUAAGUUCUUGAAGCGCACAUUUCCGUAAUCCGUUACUCCAGUUACCAGUAUCUUGGCUUGAGAAAUGGUUCGUGUCUUCGCUAUGGAUUGUGAGAGGGUUCAAAUUAAUGAGUAUGAAAGUAGGCUUCAUAGAGUAACCGUCGUGGAUGAAAAAUGUAGUUGUGUCAUGGAUAGACAUAUUAAACCAGUACCCGACACCCGUCACCCGAGUUGCCGUAGACAAUAUAGCUGGGCAGAACCGGUAGAGAAAGUUGUCCUUGCUUUGAAGAAAAUCAUCAAAGAGGAAGACGUGCUUGUGGGGUUUGAUGUUCAGAAGGACCUCCAUGAUAUGGGAAUGUUCCACUCUAAUGUCAGGGACAUGGCGCCCUACAAUGCUCUCCUAGAAUCUGGCCUGAAAGAGUCUCUUAUGGAUUUGGCUUUUCAAGAGCUUCGUUAUCCCAAUCCCGGACUACAUGACUCUCGCUAUUUUUCUGCUGCUGCUAUGAACAUUUACCAAAAAUAUAGCUUUUAAUUAUUUAUGUAAAUACCGUUUUAAUGAUCCCAAUUUACGUGUUCUUAAAUGUUAAUUAAUAUUUUACUUUGUUCUUAUUACAAAUUAAGUUUCCAUUCGAUAAGUUUCGUAAAAUAAAUGUAUUAAUUGAAA